UUUUGUUCUAGUUCCGAAGUUGGGAAAGUUUUCUUAAGUAAAACAAAACGCACACUCAAAAUAGAGUUUAAGAGGAGAUACUACGCAUCGCAUAGACAGAAACCCUUAGGAGGUUACUCUUUCAGAAAACCCCUUCUUCUUCAAUUUCCCCCAAAUCUUCGUUAUUAUGUCUUUCAUGGAAGACGAAGAUGAUGAUUUCGGAGAUCUCUAUACAGAUGUUCUUCUUCCUUUCACCACUCCCUCUUCUUCAUCACAACCACCGCAACCACCACCACCACCGCAACCCCUUUCUUCCGAUCUCAACAAUGAUGAUGAUAAAAAAUCAUACGGUGGUUCUUCCAAUCCUAAAUUGUCUAUUUCUUCUGAAACCCUAGUUUCGGAUCGAAAUCAUGGGGGUGAGAAUUUUGUUCCAGAAGAAGUGGUAGUAACUAGGGUUUCACCCAAAGCAGAUGCAAGUAGGGUUCUUGAUUUUGGUGCAUCUGUAAAAUCAGAACCUUUUGUGAGUUAUGAAAUUGGCUAUGAUGUUCGAGUUGAUGGAGAUGAUGAUGAGAGUGGUGCCGUUGCUGGUGCUGGAGGAGAACUGAAAAUUGAGAGGAUGGAUAUGGAUGGUGACGGUGAUGGACAACCUAUGAUUCCUGGUUUGUCUUCAUCUUCAUCUCAAUUUAAUACUCCUGCUGCUCCUGGGGUCUUUCAGGAUGAGGAAGAGGAGGGAGAACCUAUGGAAGCUUCGAAAAGAGAGGAGGACGAAUGGGAUAGUGACAGUGAUAGCGAAGAUGAUCUCAAGAUAGUUCUUAAUGAGGACGAGCAUGACGGCAUGAAUGGGAAAGAACAUGAGGGUGAAGAAGAUGAAGAUGGUCAAGAUUUGGUUAUUGUUGGUGGAGACGAUCAGAUUCAUCAGCUUGGAGACGAACAAGAAUUGGGCGAGGAUGGGACUAAGCAGAUGAGCGAUGGCGUCGAAAGGAAGGAAAUUGGCGAAGGAGGACCUAAAGCAUUGAAUGGUGGAGUCAUGAUGCCUAAUGCUGGCGGGGUGAGACCAAUGUAUCCAAAUCAAGGGUUUCAUCCACAUCAUUCUCAGUUUAAGUAUGUAAGACCCGGUGCAGUAAUGGUACCUGGUGGAGCUAAUGUUGGUCCUGGAGGUCUCCAAAACCAAGUUCGCCCCCUUGGCAACAUCGGCACUGUUCCUGGAGCUGGUAGAGGUGAUUGGAGACCUAUGGGGGUGAAGGGUGGUCCUCCCAUGCAGAAAGGGUUUCAGGCAGGUUUUGGAUUCCCUGGACAAUUUGGAAGAGGACCGGAGUUCACACUUCCAUCUCACAAAACGGUAUUUGAUAUUGACAUUGAUGGCAUAGAGGAAAAGACAUGGAGAUAUCCUGGUGUUGAUAUAUCUGAUUUUUUCAAUUUUGGAUUGAACGAGGAGGCCUGGAAAGAUUACUGCAAACAGCUGGGGCAACUACGUCUGGAAGCUACCAUGCAGUCCAAAAUCCGGGUGUAUGAAAGUGGGCGAUCCGUGCAGGACUACGAUCCGGAUCUGCCUCCCGAACUUGCUCUUGCAGCUGGUGGUCAAGAUACUGUUGAAAAUUUGAAUCCUGGAAAGAUAGAUGGUGGACAAGGUGAUUUAACUGGCCAAGGAAGAGGAGCUGCACAUGCACGGCCGAUGAUGCCACCAGGGAGGGCAAUUCAAGUGGAAGGUGGUUAUGGUGAGCGUCUUCCAUCCGCAGAAACCAGACCACAGCGAGCCCGUGAUACCGAUUCAGUCAUAGAGAUCGUGUUGCAGGGCUCCGUGGAUGAUGAUUUAUCCACUGAUAACGGUAAUGAUGAGCAACUUGGGGUGCAAGGAGAGGAUCUUAAAGGGGACCACGAGACUGAAGAGGAUAUGGCUGAACAGCCUGAUAAUGAAUCUUAUGAAGGUCAUAACCCUGUCUAUCCUACAGGGGCUUUUGGCUUGCCUCAUGAAGGAAGGCGGCCACAGGGGGACGUACGUGUCAACUCUAAUCAUGCUGCUGUAGGUAGCAAAUCCUAUGAUACAAGUAAGGGAAAAUCAAGUAGAAGCAGUGAUGGAAAUCAGACCCCAGAGUCAUCAUCUCAUGUUCAAGUUGAUGGUGCGAGGGGUUCGGUUUCAGAACAUAAAGAUGAUUUGCAUAAUGAACUUGCUACAGCUGACAGCAGUGUUAGGAUAGAUGAGGAUGAAAUGAGUAGGGAUGUGACACUUACAGAUGAUGCUACUGGAGAUGGACAAAUUAUCUCUAAAGCUGAUCAACCUGCAGUGAUGGAUAUUGACGAGGGGUAUGACCUAAUGCCAACACGCAGCAGUGACAACAGCAAAGCAAGAUCAGGGGGCAGCAGGGAUUAUCAAAAGAAGCGUGAAACUGGUGAGGAAGAAGUCGUUCAAGAGGCACGUUCUAGACGAACGGGUGAGAUAAGAAGACGUCGCGAUGAAGAUGAAAAUAGCUUCCGAAAGAGAGGUAGUACUGACAGAGAUGGUAGGCUAGAUGUUGGGAGAAACCUCAUGCCUGUAAAAGUCAGAGAAGAUUCUCAUCACCCCAGUAGAGAAUCUUACCCUAAUCCUGCACAUCAAUUGCAUCCAAAGAUCACAGACUUUGAAAUGCGGAGGGAUGGUAGUUCUGUUGGAGCUCGGCAAAGAAGAGAUGACGAGACACAUGCGAGAAGGGUAAGAGAUGAAGAGACAAGAAAGCGAGAGCGUGUUGAGGAAAUUGGGUCCAGGCACGGGAGUAAGGCUCGUGAAAGUGAAAGUAAUGAAAGAGAGGAGCAUCAUCAUCACUCAAGGAAACGUUUGGAAAAUAGUGAAUGGAGGGGACGCCCUGAAAAGAUUGUGGGGCAUAGCCAGAGGGAUAGGGAUGAUUACAUGAUGAAUAGGCUCGAAAGCUUGAACGAUCCUCCCACUAAAAGAAGAAAGGAUGAGGAGUACCCAAGGAGGGAACAAGCUGAGAAAGAAGAAUACUUACAUGGGUUCAGAACUAGAGAAGGCAGCAGUAGAAGAAACCGGGAGCCUGAUGAUUUUAUGGAACAUAGGAAAGAUGAUAGGCUGAGAUUAAGGGAGAAGCUCGAUGACCCACAUCUCCUUAGGCACAGGGAUGAGAGUUGGCGGCUGAGGGAGAGGGAUGAAUGGCAGAGGCUUAAACAGCCACAUGAGGACAUAUUUCCAAAUCGAGAAAGAGAAGAAAUCAGGGGUUCAGUUAGGAGUUCGCGUGGAACAGAGGACAAACAUAUGAUGGGUAAUGCAAGGAUUAAGGAUGAGUCUAGAGUCGUAGGUUUUGAAAAAGACUACCCGUUCAAAGAUAAAAAGCGGCUGAACGAACAAUCUAAGCGAAGAGAGAGAGAAGAGGAUGCCACUCUUUUACAGCACAGGGGACGUGAAGAUGUCUUUGCAAGUGAAAAUUAUGCCCACAAUGAGGACAGGAACCCUAGGCAUGAAAGGUCAAGCAAAAAUGGUGAUCAUUCUAUCGAUAAUAGGCAAUGGUCGAACAAGGAGAGACCGAAAGAUAUCCCAAGGAGUAAAGAAUCUGAACUAGGCGAUCAAAAUACUGCACGCAGCAAAAGGAAGCAAGAAGAAUCUAGUGCUCACCGAUAUGUGAAGGUUGGCAAAGGUGCCAGUGAGCAGGAAAGUGGUAACAUCCCCACAGAAUCACGUGCUUCUGGGCAGUCGAGGACAGUUUCUUCCUCGCUCUCCAAGAAGAAUCACAAGGAGCUUGAACCCCCUGUGCAACACAACUCUAGAAACCACCGGCAAGAUGCUUCCUCAGAUGAUGAACGUCAGAAUUCGAGGAGACGAGUUUCCAAGCAAGAUAGUUCAAUGAAUGAGAAAGAGAGGACACGCAGUACCAACACAAAGACCAAGGAGGCAAACAAGAAGAACAUCAAGAAUGAUACAGCUUCUUUAGCUAGUGACCAACCAGAUGAACUGGUUAAGAAAGUCGAGACAGGUGAUAAUCAACAUCCCCCAAAUGAGGAAAAAGCUGCGGGAGAGUCUGAAAGAAAUGGAGAUGACCGCAGCCACCUUGAUACAGUAGCAAAACUGAAGAAACGAAGUGAGCGAUUCAAGCUUCCACUGACAAGUGAAAAAGAUGCUACUGGAAACAGAAAGACAGAUGCUGAAGUGGUUACUACCCAGAACGAGACCGUGGCUGAUGAAGCUGGGAUCAAACCAGAGAGGCCAGCUCGGAAGCGUAGGUGGACUGGUAGCUAAAUGUGAGACUCAGUUGUUGGAGAGGAUGUUGGCAACGUCUGUUUCUAUUUUGUGUGGAUUUGGCUGGGCCUUUUGCUAUAAUCAGCAUGACCUGAUUAGCGCCUUAGUGUCGGAUCACAUCAUGUUAUUCUGCAUCCUGGCUGCUCUAAUCUUUUGGUUUCAGCAUCGUUUUAUUUUCUUAAUACUCAGGCUGCUAUAUAUGCAUCUUUAUAACACAUGUAUGAUGAGAAACUGUAACAUUGAACACGUAAAUGGUUGUCUUAGUGACUUAUUUUUGUACUGUGAGAGAACGGGAUCGUGUCUGAUACCCAUUGAAAACAUUAUUGUUGUUGUGAUUGUUCAGAAGAAAUCUGUCAUGUGGCAGAACGGUUUCUCUUGGAGCAUUCCGAGGCAGAGCAGAAUUUGUGCCCUUGCAGGCAGGUAGUACAAGGUUUGUCAGAGGCAGAACUUAGGCACCUGGCCUUGUGAAAUCAAGGAUUUUUCGAGAGCUUACAUCAGAGCAACAGGGAACUCGGUUUAACCAAUUUUAUAUCUAGUGUAUUAUUAUGUUGAGUUUAUCUACUUUUUAUCUUAUUCUUGCCUCCAUACAUAGUUCAAUUUUCUUUUUGUUGUCAACUAUAAGUAGGUUACGGGGAAAUCCCCUUGUAUGUUGUAAUUUAAAAUAUAAUUAUGGAAUAAUAAAAGGAAAAUGGAAAUUGUUGAAA